ACAAAUGCAAACAUCACGCCGAUAAAAUGUCAACAACGUCAGAUGAAAUCAUGACGUGUAAGGUUAUAUUUCCCGACUCGUACGAUUCGUAGGAGAAACAUCAACUUCGAAUAUUUAUGACAACAGCAAAGCUCGCAUAACGAUUUCAUAUGAGAUCAAGAAACAGCUUGAAAUGGGAAUUGCAGUCACCAAGCAGACUGAGCUGAACAGCAAUGAGUUUGUUCUGAAAUUUAUUGGGAAGGAGUUUAUUUCACCAAAUGAUCCCUUUUGGAAUUCGUUUCUUACAUUUAAUAUCACUGUUCCACAGACCAGCAAUGAACAACUCUUUUUGGAAACUAAAAUUGAGCCUCUGCUGCAGCAACUUAUCAAUAACAACUUGCAGUCAAGAAAUAUCAGUUCUUUAAUACAAGUGUUCUUAGUGAGAGCAUCAGAGCUAUUGGCUGCAACAACUACAGACAAUAAUCUAUUUAGUUGGCAGACACUCAAUGCUCUGUUUAUCAUAAGAUGUAUACUAAAAUAUCUAACAGAGAUGGUUCCAGAAGAGCAGUUAAUGCAACACAUUGAGACUGGUCCGGAAAAUAAUGUUGUUAAGCUGGAAACACUGUUGGGAUCUUUGUUUGGCAUUGUGGUGGAUGUACCACUUAAAGAUUUCACUUAUGCCAUUCACCUGGAAGCAAUAACAACAAUUCUGGUUCUGUUAUCAAUUGAAAUUCAUUCUAAUCAAAGACCAGACCAAUCAAACAUCUUUAGAUUAAUAAUGAAAGGAAGGCAUUCAAUCCAUGCUCCAUUAUUUGUCAAGAGUUUACUUCAAAAUUUUAUUGAGCAAAAGAAGCAACCACCUGGUGAUGGUCAUGGCAGCAGUAUUGUGCUAGGCCUGGCUACAGAAAUAUGGUCUAUUUUGACAUUUACUAGAAAACCAGCAAAUAGUGAAACUAUCGAAGGAGUUGAAGUGGAAACAAGUCCAUUGGGCAUGCACAGUUUAUUGCUAAUUUUAGUACUGGCGAAUCACUGCUCGAUACAGCCGAAUCCUUAUCGCCAAUGUUUAUUUUCAUGUGUGAAUAGUCAAGAUAAUAAUCCAAUUGCUCCAACACAAGAUACCGGAGUGUUUCGGGUGGAAUAUAGUCAAUUAUUUAGUGUGUUGUGCAAAAAGGCUUCUGGAGAUGUUGCUACAUUGUUGUUAUAUUUAUUGCUUCAUCGAAAUGCUGGUUUCAAGGCACAUUUAUUAAAUAGAGCCGAUUUAAAUCAACUGGUGAUUCCGAUUUUAAAAACAUUAUAUCAUGCACCAGACAGUAAUUCACAUCAUAUCUACAUGUCAUUGAUUAUUUUGUUGAUUCUAAGUGAAGAUGAAAGUUUUAAUCGCUCUAUUCAUCAGAGUAAAUUGAAAAAUGUCACGUGGUACACUGAACGUGUCCUCUCCGAAGUGUCCUUGGGUGGCCUACUGGUAUUAGUAGUUAUAAGAACAAUUCAGUACAAUAUGCUGAAGAUGAAAGACAAAUACCUGCACACAAAUUGCCUCGCCGCUCUUGCAAACAUGUCAUCGCAGUUCCGAGACCUUCAUCCCUAUGUAUGCCAAAGAUUAGUUUCACUUUUUGAAACGCUCGCUAAACGUUAUCAACGUUUCAAAGCGGAGGUGGAGAUACAACUACAAGAUGCUAACUCAGUGCAAGUACAGAUUGCCGAUGGACAAGAAGUUCCAGAUGCCGAGCAGUACAUGUACGUUCUUGAGGAAGUCCUGCGCAUGGUUUUGGAGAUUUUUAAUUCGGCGUUGACGCACCAACUGCAUAACAACCCAAAUCUGGUGUAUACAUUGCUCUAUAAAAAGGAUGUUUUCAAGCAAUUCAAGACCAAUCCAGCUUUCUCUGAUAUCGUACACAAUAUUGAGAUUAUCAUCGAGUACUUUUCUGAUUUGUUGAGUAGUAAAAUGCAACAUCAGGAGGUGGAUGCACAUAUUGUGCUGAAUGUUAUUUGCCAAGGAGCUAGGCAUUGGCCUAAGGAUAAGUUAACAAAAUUUCCGGAUUUAAAGUUCAAAUAUGUUGAAGAGGAGCAGCCUGAAGAGUUUUUCAUUCCAUACAUAUGGGCACUAGUCAACCAGCAAAGUAAUGUUCAUUGGAGCAGCGAUACGUCGGGAAUUUUAACGGUGGCUUGUUAAUGAUUUUAAUUUGCUUGAAUUGGCCCAUGUAUAAUAUGCUUUAUUUAAUUAUUCUGUCUUGUAAAUUUUAACAAUGAUGUCUCAAAAUGAUGCAUAUGUAACUAUUGUGCUUUAAUUACUUUAUAUAGUAUUUAUGUACAUAUUUUUAUAAAGAAUUUGAGUUCAAUAAUGUAAUAAACAUGUUUAGAAAUA